CGCGUGACUGCUUCCUGUUAGAGCGGCAACAUGGCGGCGCCCUUAGCGGUCCAUCUGGAGUUCGGAGGAGGGGCUGAACUCCUGUUUGAUGGAGUGAAGGACCACCAUGUGACACUGCCUGGCCAAUCAGAUCCCUGGGACAUGAAGCAGCUGCUGGCGUGGAUUCGAGGGAACCUGCUGAAGGAGAGGCCCGAGCUUUUUGUGCAGGGAGACACUGUGAGACCUGGUAUUCUCGUAUUGAUCAACGAUGCAGACUGGGAGCUAAUGGGUGAGCUAGAGUACCAGCUUCAGGACCAGGACAACAUUGUGUUCAUCUCGACGCUUCAUGGAGGUUAACUGACUCUAAAGAACACUAUGCACAUAUCCACACCGCUUCACUGUCAAAGCUCUACGCCACCCAUCCUCCAUCCAGCAGCAGCCCUCUCAACCAAUCCAGAGAGCUGGUCCUGACUUAUUUUGAUUCGUAAGCCACUGAGAUGGGCUCUUGCUGGAGAGUGGGCUCAGAAGCAAGCGGUUUGUCCACUAGUCCCUGUAUUACCUGUCCUGCUUUAGAUGGAUGGGGUCAGACUGGGCGCGUUCAGAGGUCAUUCUGUCUAGCCAGUGUCCAGAUGGAUUCUCCAGAGACGUGGCCCGCCAAUCACUCCCAUCUCGAACGUUCGAAUUAUCAUUUUUAUUAGUUCAUGCUUGGACACCCUAAUUUGUGCGGAUGUUUAUCAUUUCGGGCCUUUUUCUCCUUUUGUUUUGAAUAAAUAAAUAUGAUUUUUUUAU